CUGCUGUCUUCCCUCUGUGUUACAGCUUCAGGACAGCCAGAGCAGCCAGUAACAGCAGAGGGACAGACACAGUAACCACACUGUAUUAGAAUAGCAGACUGACUGAUCAGAUGUGAGCACAGUAGUGCUGCUGGCAGAGGAAGGCGGGAGCAACUGGAGGUCACUGAUGGAUUUGAAAAGGUGCCUCGCCAACAUCAAAGGAGGUAAAGGCUGGUGUGGUAUCUCUGUGUGCCUGAGCCUUCUACUGUAUGAAACAGCCCGGCUUUCAGCCCCAAGACACAGGCGGGGAGCAGCCGCGCAAAUUCAAUUUCAUGACUACCAGGUUUCUACCUGGCAGGAUUGCCGAAAGCCCACUGGCCCCGAUCGUCAAGGAAGAGAAUCCAUUAAGAUUUGGAGUGGAUCCAAAUGACAAGUCAAUAAUCCAUCGCAGGGUGAGGAGGGGAGGAAGAAGAAGAAAGAAGAAGAAGAAAGAAGAAGAAGAAGAAGAAGGAGCAGCAGAAGAAGAAGAAGAAGAAGAAGAAGAAGAAGUAGGAGACAUGCCUCAGCUCAGCAGCGGCGGCGGGGACGACCUGGGAGCGAAUGAUGAGAUGAUAGCGUUCAAAGACGAAGGGGAGCAGGAGGAGAAGAUCCAGGAAAACGCGUUCACGGAGAGAGACCUGGCCGACCUCAAGUCCUCCCUGGUGAACGAGUCGGAAAUAAAUCAAAGUCCGAGCGCGGCGGCGGUCAGACGGGCGCAGCAGCAGCAGCAGGGCGAGCAGAGGGGCUUCGCGGAGAAACACCGGGAGCAUCUCGACGGCGUGUCGAAGCACCAAGAUGGAGGCAUGUACAAGACACCAACGUAUCCGGGGUAUCCGUUCCUGAUGCUGCCUGACCCCUACCUCCCCAACAGCUCCGUCUCUCCAUCUUCCAACAAAGUUUCGGUGGUGCAGCAGUCUCACGGGAUGCAUCCACUGACGUCCCUCCUGCCCUACAGCAACGAGCACUUCAGCCCGAGCCCUCCACACCUGCCCACAGACAUGAGCCAGAAGACAGGCGUUCACAGGCACCAGUCCCAGGACCUCUCAGGGUACUACUCCCUCCCUCCAGGCGGCGUCGGCCAGAUCACUCCCUCCAUGGGCUGGCAGAGCCAGCCAGUCUAUCCUGGCCUGUCCCCCUGUGGAUUCAGGCAGCCCUACUCCUCCAACCUCUCCAGCGCCACCUCCUACUCCAGGUUCCCUCACUCACUGAUGCUGGGCCCAUCAGGCAUGCAUCCUACAGGGAUCCCCCACCCAGCCAUAGUGCCCCCUACAGGCAAACAGGACCACGACCAGUAUGACAGGAGCAUGUAUGUGAAACCGCAGGAGGUCAAACGGGAGAAGGAGCCUAAGAAGCCGGUCAUCAAGAAACCCCUGAACGCCUUCAUGCUCUACAUGAAGGAGAUGAGGGCGAAGGUCAUCGCAGAGUGCACAUUAAAGGAGAGCGCCGCCAUCAACCAGAUUCUUGGACGGAGGUGGCAUGCACUGACCCGGGAGGAGCAGGCCAAGUACUACGAGUUGGCCAGAAAAGAGAGACAACUCCACAUGCAGCUCUACCCGACCUGGUCCGCCAGAGACAACUAUGAGGCGGGCCUUAGCGGGGUCGCAGGGGAAAAGAGUAAAGCUGAUUGGGGCAAGAAGAAGAGGAGAAAAAGGGAGAAGCUGCAGGACUCCAAUACAGACCCGGGCUCUCCUAAGAAAUGCCGGGCUCGCUUCGGCCUCAACCAACAAACGGACUGGUGCGGUCCCUGCAGGAGGAAAAAGAAGUGCAUUCGCUACCUUCAAGGAGGAGGCUGCCCCAGCCCAACUUCUUCAGAUUUAAGUGCCAUAGACUCUCCCCCCUCCCCGUCCCCCGCCCGCCACCGUCUGUACCAGCACCAGCACCCCCUCUCACCGGGCAGCUCCCCGCCGCCCGCCUCCCCGUCAUCGCGCCUCCCCUUGUCUCCGCCAACAAACACGCGCUCGCAAACCCGCUUACCCCUGCAGCAGUCUGCCGGGAAGCGCAGCGACCUCCGACACACUGCAGCCAAACACGCCCACGCACACCUGGAACUGUCCGGCAAGCAGACGCACGGCUCGACGACGGCGCUGUCGGCCGCCAAGGCCGCAGGACUUUCUCUCAAAGUGCUAACAGAGACUCAGUGAUGACUCCGGCCUGCUCACACCCCUGAUACCCUGUUCACCUCCACAGCCAUGAAGAUCAUCUCCCUCACCUGCCUUCAUUCUCACACUCUGGGUGGUGUGGUGAUGAAGGUGUGGUGGUGUCCCUGCUACUAGAUUGACCCCAGAGUAAGAGACCAUCUGUGUCUCAGUUCAGAGGCUGGAUCCUCUAAAGUCACCAUUUAUACACCAAAUAUAUCCUUUAAGGAUGAGUUCACACAAAAAUGAAAAUCAAUCCAAAGUCAUUAUCUACUCACCUACAUGCUGAUGGACAGCUGGGGGAAGUUUCGGGGUCCACAAAUCAUUUCUGGAGCUUCACGAAAAAAACAGGGUUGCAGCGUUCUCCUAAACAGCUGAACUUUAAAUGACCCCAUACAACUUGUCCUGCGUCAGGUAGGUCUUCAGAAGCCCAGAGAUCUCAAAAUGAUUUGAUCUCCCUCAGCUGUCUAGAAGAACAGAAACAUUUGUGGACUAAGAGACUUCACCUGACUUUCCAUCUGCAUCUGAAGAUAAUGACUGAAUUGAGAUUUUUGGGUGAAUUUAUUUUUAAGAGGUCAGUGAAGCCUCCUUUAAAAAUGUACAAAUCCUUAAUCGAGAUUUCAGGUGGUCACGUUGGUGUCCCAGGUGUUUUUUAUAAGAAAGACUUGUGGAGGGACACUUGGGUCAGUAAGGCUACACUGUCAUUUGGAGGAGACGCCUCUUGUCUGGAGGAUUCAGCCCCUGAAUUGUUGACAGUCACCAUGAGUCCCAGUUGUUCAGAGGCAGAGUUUGAUCUGAAGCUGAGAAAUCAGCAGUUCUUUGGCUCCAUCUGCUGCAGUUAAACUCAGUUAAAACAACUCGUGUUUCUGCCUCCUGAGAGAUGAUUCCACAACUCUAAAGCCCCCUCGGUGCUCCUUUUUUUUUCUUCUUCUUCUUUUUUUUGGAAGCUGACCCCGAGUUUUGACCUCCAUGACAAUCACAAAGGAAAUGUAUCAUAAAAUGAGCUCUUAGCAACAUCAACACAGACAGAAAAGUGAGGCAGGGAGAGGUUCUGAGAGGGACUGAUGCUGCAGAAGAUGCUUCAGAGGUCACAGUAUAGUGACACACACACACACACACACACACACACACACACACACACACACACACACACACACACACACACACACACACACACACACACACUGACUCCACUGUCACUCAAAGCCUGCCUGACCAGCAGAAGCUCAGGUGUAAAGACAGGGACAGAUUGACUUCAGCUUCAAUCCAUUUCCAAAUAUUUCCAGAACUGCCUGUGCAUCCCCUUUGACAAAGGAAUAAAACAAAUCAGCAGGUAAAAAAAAAAUCAGAAUUACAUUUUCCUUUUAGGCACUUUCAGACAGUCAAACUCCUGCUACAUCACCUUUACAUUUGUGUUCUGUUUUCUCCCAGUUUGGGGUAUUUUUAUAUGAAUCUCAUGUGAUUUUUAAGGUCAGAUGUUUUGCCGGUGGGGAAACCCUCAGAAAAAACAAGAGGGGUUUUGUUGUUUGUUUUUUUUUUACGUCUCUGUUCCCCGUUUUCCUUCGACUGAACAUUUUUGCAGCUCCGUAAACUAAUCUGAGACCAAAUGGGUACUAUUAUAUUGCAUUGUGUUGUAAAGUUUUAUAAAUGUUGGAAUUCCCUAUUAUAAUUAAACUUUUAUAUGUUUUUAUGUAAAAAAAAAAAAAAAAGUUAAAUAACCACAAAAAAAGGAUUCUAUUAGUUUCUACCAUUCUUACAGCAAUACAUUUUGUGUGUCCUCUUGUGCAGAUUUUUACUUUUCCUUGGUCACGUGUUACUGACUACAGCAGCGUUCAAAUGAUAUCUUGUGUUCUCAAAUUUGUGCAUGUUCCAACUUCAGUGUAACAAAAAUAGAUUUUGACUUUAAAAAAAGGCUUUAAUUCACUGUUCUACUUGCAGCUUCAAACUCGGCUUACACAAACCGGAGCCUGAGCUUGUGUACAGCUGAGCUGGUUUCCUCCAGCAGAGAGAGCUCUUGUGCUAGAAAUAGCUUGUUUCAUUUGGGGCUGUUCACACCAGUAGGGGCGACGCCUUGAAGAUGUCUUUUGUAUUUUUUAAGCCUCGAACGCCUCUGAUGUAUUACUUGUUCUUUUUGUUUGAUGUAUUAAAGUGUUUUGAAUAUCUUG